CGGUUUAGAGCGGAAGUAAGGUCCUAACAGCGCGGAUUAGUACGCAACUGCUAACACGCUAGCUCAGUUGUUUUAUUGAGAUUUUAUUGAAAAGUCUCAAAUAUGUCCGGAAGAGAAGGUGGUAAGAAGAAGCCUCUCAAAUCUGCCAAGAAAGCGACGAAGGAGAUGGACGAUGAGGAAAUGGCCUUCAAGCAGAAGCAGAAAGAAGACCAGAAAGCCUUGGAUGCAUUGAAGACGAAAGCAGCAGGAAAAGGACCUUUGACUGGUGGAGGAAUCAAGAAGUCUGGAAAAAAGUGAUUUGGCAUUAGAAGAUCAUGCACUCAUUUGCUGAAUCGCAGCCCCAUGGCAAAUCCAACCCCCCCCCUACCCCCAUUUUUUUUUCUUGUUUGGGUCCAUUGUAGAAUGAGAAAAAUACAUGAAAUGACCCUUUUUUUAAAUAAUUUCCAAUGUGUUCUUGUAAAGGAAAAAGCUCUGAACUAAUAAAAGUCUUGUAACUACUGUUGUAUUUACACUCCUCUGUAAACUUUGAGAUUCUGUCUGUUGGAAACACAUCAGCAUUAGAUCAGUAGCUACACUACACAUACCAACAUGAUGUGCAGCACAAAUAGCUAGUAUUAUGGUUAAAUGUAAUCAGUUUCACUUCUAAGCUUGGCCAUCUGCAUCUGUAAAUCCAGCUUCUCUCAUUGAGGUUCUCUUCGGUUCCCUAAAUUCUCUUCAUACAGUCCAAUUUUGUCCAAGUAGAGGGUUCUGUUUCCCACUUCCAGAAAAUUAGUUUUCUUAUCUACAAUUCAUUUUAUUGUUCAGAUUUUUUGAAUGUGUGUGGAGUGAUGUGUGUUAAAUAUGUUGCUUGUUUACCCUGUUUUAAUGAUUUCCCUUAAGAGGAACGUUUGUGAGAUUCAGAAUAAAGCGCAAGGAUGCUGCUUA